AUGUCGGCACUUCCCAUGGCCCCGCCUCCCAAGAGCGCGCUUGCUCGCUACAGGAUUCUCUCACCCACUGCUUCCGUUCGAGUGAGCCCUUUGUGCCUUGGCUCCAUGAACUUUGGCGACGCCUGGACGGGUUGGAUGGGAAGCUGCGAUCAGGUCACAGUCGAGAACAUCCUUGAUUAUUUCUACAGUCAGGGCGGCAACUUCAUCGACACCGCGAACAACUACCAGUUCGAGGAGUCAGAGACCUGGAUUGGAGAAUGGAUGAAGAAGAGAAAUGUCCGAGAUCAGAUGGUGAUCGCUACCAAGUACACGACCAACUAUGCUGCGGGCCCCAAUGCGCCGAAUAUUAUGGCCAACUUCACGGGCAACGGCACAAAGAGUCUUCACACCUCUGUCGAGGCCAGCUUGCGAAAGCUGCAGACCGACUACAUUGACCUUCUCUACGUCCACUGGUGGGACUACUCCACGUCAAUCCCCGAGAUGAUGCAGAGCCUGAACGCGCUCGUGCUCUCCGGCAAGGUACUCUACCUCGGAAUCAGUGACACCCCGGCGUGGGUGGUUAGCAAAGCGAACGAGUACGCCCGCAACCACGGUCUGCGCCAAUUCUCUGUCUAUCAGGGUCGCUGGUCCGCUGCUUCGCGCGAUUUUGAGCGUGAGAUCAUUCCCAUGACCAAGGCAGAGGGCAUGGGCCUCGCCCCCUGGGGCGCCCUUGGCGGCGGCACCUUCAAGACGGAGGAGCAGCGCAAGUCUCAGGAGGGCCGCAAGAUCGAGGCCAGCGAGGCGCAAAUCAAGACUAGCCAGGCGCUGGAGAAGAUCGCUAAGCGAAAGAACACCAUCAUCACGAGCGUCGCCCUGGCGUACGUCAUGCACAAGACGCCCUACGUCUUCCCCAUCAUUGGCGGCCGCACCAUCGACCAUCUGAAAUCUAACAUUGAGGCACUGGCGCUCGAUCUGAGUGAUGAUGACAUUCGAGAGAUUGAUGACGCAGUGCCGUUCGACAUUGGUUUUCCACAUAACUUCCUCUGGCGGCAGAAUGCUCCCUCGCACCCUGGCAACGUUUGGUUGCUGAACAUGGGCGGCCACUACGACUAUGUGCCGGAGCAGAAGGUGUGA